CCUCCCCUCCCCAUUCAAGGUGCGGCUGAGGAACAGGUGCGAGAGGAAUCACUGAGAGACUUUAUAAACUGAAACAUCACCGUUGUCUACUGAUUAGUUUUAAGAAAGCUAGGGAAUACGCAAAGAGAAAAUAAGAGACAGACACUUUCCUCAGCAACAAAGCAAACAUUGCUAAAACCCGUCCGAUUGUUAAGUUAGUGGGGGAUUUGUACCUUCAGAGCAGGUGGACGUCGUCUUUGUUGAUUCGCCGCGAAGUCGUUGAAGCAGAAGUAGCGUGGUGGAAAUGGCCAACAAAGGUCUGCAGCUUUUGGGAUUCGCCCUGGCCCUUUUGGGUGUAAUUGGACUGAUAAUUGGCACAAUUAUGCCUCAGUGGAAGAUGUCUGCUUAUGUUGGAGACAACAUCAUCACAGCGGUGUCCAUGUAUGAAGGACUGUGGAUGUCCUGUGCGUUCCAGAGCACAGGCCAAAUGCAGUGCAAAGUCUACGACUCAAUCCUGCAGCUCAACAGUGCCCUCCAGGCAACCCGCGCCCUGAUGAUUGUGAGCAUUAUUGUAACAGUGGCCGGCUUGGGCGUAGCUUGCAUGGGAAUGAAGUGCACCAACUGUGGAGGAGAUGACAAAACCAAAAAGGCCAACAUUUCAAUUACUGGUGGUGUUAUCAUCCUGGUCGGAGGUAAGAAGCCAUUUAAUGUUUUUUUUUUGUUUUCUUCUCUUUGGACGGUUUCAGUGAUUUAUCUUUACUUUCCCACAGCUUUGUGUUCUGUUGUUGCCUGCUCCUGGUAUGCUAAUGACAUCAUCAAAGCCUUCUACAACCCUUUCACCCCUGUCAAUACAAAGUAUGAGUUUGGUUCUGCCAUCUUCAUUGCCUGGGCUGGCGCAGCCCUGGCUGUAAUAGGAGGUGGCAUGAUGUCCGCAUCGUGCCGCAGACAAAAAUCUACACCGAAGUAUCCCAUCUCCAGACCUCCCAGCAGCGGCAAGGAAUACGUUUGAACAGGCAGGACUCGGUGUUAGAGGCUGAAGGAACACUUUGACAUUCACCCUAGUCCAACUCAGAGAUUGAAAGGUUGAAAAGAUAUAUCCCAGGAAGUGAUCAGUACCAGUUUUAUUUUAUUUUUUUAAUUUGUCUCUUAGUUUCUUCAGGGAGAACCUGUGAUGUUACUGUAAUAUUUUAACAAAUACAUUAAAGUUUUAAAUAACUGCUGUUUACUACUUAAAGAGCUUAUUUGCUUUGCCCUGUCUACAACUUACUUACUAUGGUGUAUACUGUCCACUUUGUUGACGUCAGUAAAGCACUAAGUUCAAAUUAAGGAAGGGAAACGCCAAUAUUACACAACUUGGUAGUAGAAAAUAUCUUUCACCUGCUGCAUGCCACAGUGUACAGAGUGUUUGUGAAUGCACUGAAUAGAAAUCAGAUAUGGCAGUGGACACCAUUUUGUUACUGUGUAUGCUGAAUCUAUGUAGGUUAAUAUCUGGCACUUGAGAAACAAUUUCCAUGUAUUUGUGCCUUAUUUUGUUUUUUUAUUUAUAUGAAAAUGACAAAUCAUUCAGUACCACUAUACACUGUUUUAAUCAAGUGCCGCAGUGAAAUUGUAACUAUAUAAAACGCAAUAAAUUCCUUUAACUCGGAUUGAUGACCUUUUUGCUGAAAUACAUACAGCGUGAUGAUGUGAUGUAUUUGGUGACUUGUUCUGUAAUUGCUGUUGGUGUGUAAGCGCUUGCUUAUUGCUUUUGUUUUUUUUAGUCAAUAGUUUCACUCAUCUUUUCAUUUUUUUUUUUUUUUUUUUAACAUUUUCUAAAAUUGUGAUUUUGUGAAGUUUGUACAUAAAAUAAAAGUGGAAAAUGUACCCUUUCUGGAAAUGCUGUUUAUGCAUAAUGGAACUUUCAUCAAAGGAAAUGUAGCUCCGAGUGCUUUAAAUAAAACGGAUUUAAACCA